GAGUGGAGCUUUUACUAAGGACUUCCUCUGCUCAUCCCCUCCCUCUCAUCCAUCCACCACGCCACUCUCUCGACAGGUCAACCAGAGCUCGCAGCGCACAUUCACGCCGCAUUCCCGUUGCUGCUGGAUAUCGCACGGCCAUGUCUCUGUGUCGGGCAGCUUUGCAGAGAUCUGGGCCUCUGGCUCGGCAUUUACUCACAAAAUCCCCCUUCUCUCACCUUAACAGAAAUGUCCCUCGAAGGACCAUGUCAUCAGUCCCUGGUGGCUCCGGCGAGAACAUUGUUUAUGCUUUGCUCUGCGGUGGCGCGCUGGCUGCGUCUCUCGCCUACACUUACCAAACCGUGACCUCAGACCACGACAGGUUUAAUGACCGUAUCACUGACAUUAACGAGCGACCCAAGACCGAAUGGAAGCCUAAACCAUGGCCACCCAAGAGCAGGGAUGAUGAUGAGGAGGGUGAAGGUGAGGAGGAGGGAGGUGAGGAAGGAGAGGAGGCAGCAACGGAGGAUGGCGAGGCCGGAGAGGAGGUGGCCGCCGCAGAAAAUGGAGAGGAGGCGGCCGCCGCAGAAGACGGAGCUGAACCCGAGGCUGAGGCAGAGCCUGCUGCUGAGGAGGAGGCUGGGCCCGCAGAGUCCGCAGUGGAGGCGGUUGCCGAGGCUGUCGUCACCGCGGAGCCUGCUGCUGCCGAGGAGGAGGCUGGGCCCGUAGAGACUGCAGUGGAGGCGGUUGCCGAGGCUGUGGCGGAGGCCGCGGAGGUCGUCGCCGAAGCCGCAGAGGUGGUUGCCGAGGUGGCGGAGGAGGUGGCUGCAGUGGCGGAGGAGGUGGAGAAGGUGGCGCAGGAGGUGGAGGCAGCGGCUGAGGCGGGUGGCGGCGCCGGAGACUGUGGAGGCUGCGCUGGCUGGACGGCGUCGGAGGCGCUCUCCACAGUAUUUAGUGCUGUGGCUCCUGUGGAGAUGGCUGCAGCCUCCAUACUGGAGCCAGUGGCCGUGAUCCCUGCAGAAGAGGAGCCUCUCCUUGUGGAGGAGUUGAAGGAGGAGGUGCCAGCUGCUCUAGAGGCCCCAUCAGCAGCUGAAGAGGCACCUUCUGCUCCUGCUGAGGAAGCCCCAGCAGUCGAGGAGGCCCCUGCUGCUCCAGAAGUGGUUGAGGAGGCCGCUCCUGCCCCAACGGUCGAGGAGGCGCUAGUGACUGAAGCAGCUCCAGCAGUGGAGGAGGAGGCCGCUCCUGCCCCAGAAGUGGUUGAGGAGGCCGCUCCUGCCCCAGCGGUCGAGGAGGUGCUAGUGACUGAAGCAGCUCCAGCAGUGGAGGAGGAGGCCGCUCCUGCCCCAGCAGUUGAAGCCCCUGCUGCCCCAGAAGUGGUUGAGGAGGCCGCUCCUGCCCCAGCGGUCGAGGAGGUGCUAGUGACUGAAGCAGCUCCAGCAGUGGAGGAGGAGGCCGCUCCUGCCCCAGCGGUCGAGGAGGUGCUAGUGACUGAAGCAGCUCCAGCAGUGGAGGAGGAGGCCGCUCCUGCCCCAGCAGUUGAAGCCCCUGCUGCCCCAGAAGUGGUUGAGGAGGCCGCUCCUGCCCCAACGGUCGAGGAGGUGCUAGUGACUGAAGCAGCUCCAGCAGUGGAGGAGGAGGCCGCUCCUGCCCCAUCAGUUGAAGCCCCUGCUGCCCCAGAAGUGGUUGAGGAGGCCGCUCCUGCCCCAGCAGUUGAAGCCCCUGCUGCCCCAGAAGUGGUUGAGGAGGCCGCUCCUGCCCCAGCAGUGGAGGAGGCUCCUGCAGUGGUUGAAGAAGCCCCUGUUGCUCCUGCAGUUGAGGAGGCGGCAGUGACUGAAGAGGCCCCAGCGGUGGUGGAGGAGGCACCAGCUUCCCCUGUAGCAGAGGAAGCACCUGCUGUACCCGCAGCAGAGGAGGCGCAAGCUGCCCCAGCAGCAGAAGAAGCUACGGCCCCAGUGGCUGUAGUGGAGAAUGGCGCAGAGUCGCCUGCAAGUCAGGAGGUGGUCGUGGAAGAAGUCGUCGCAAGUGUGGUUGUGGAAGAGGUCGCAGCAAGACCUGCUGCGGAAGAGGUUGUUGUUGCAAGCGUGGUUGAAGAGGUCGCAGCAAGUCCGGUCGUGGAGGAAGUCGCAAGUGUUGUCGAGGUUGCCCCUGAAAGUCCAGCAGUGGUAGAAGUGACCACGGUUCCGGCCGAACCCGAGCCCGUUGCUCCAGCCCCUGUUGAUGAGGCCCCAGCGCCAACUGAGCCCAAACGGGAGUACAUUGUGGUUGUCCUGGAAGGAGCUCCAACAUCUGACAAGAAGCCCAAGGUACUGGGAGUGUCCUCCAUGACCGGCAGGGUCAUCCCUGCCCCCGAUGAUGACGAGGAGCCGCUUGUCCAGGGAAAGAGGCGGCUGCUUAGAGUUCAAAUGCAGUAAGAUAAUCAUAUGGUUCUGUAAGGACUUUGAAUCACUGGAUGGUAAAGCUCCCUCCGUCCCCUCAACUGGAAGAAGAAAAAAUGGAUGUGCCUUUCCCCCUUAACCCAACCUUCCAGUACCAAACCUGACUCUCCUCCCUCCCCUUACUGUCUAUCUGCAGGAAAUUUUGAUUUGUGGUUCCUCCUGGUUCCUUCGAAUAGAACAAUUUCAUGCAAUUACUUGUUCUACAAACAACCCUCCUCUCUCCCAGUCAGAGAGCUGAGUAUAGCGUUUAAGGCCACAGAAAGCAUGCACAAUCUAUCCAUAAUACCACAAUUAUUGUAGUUGGAAGUCCAAAUGUCAGUCAUGACUAUAGCUGCACUCCUACAUUUAACUCGCAUCUCAAAUUGCAGAUCUUUUCUUUUCUGAGUAACUGACUCGUGUCAUUUGAUCACUAUCGAGGAUCUGGUAAAACAAACUUUCAAUUUUAAUGCAACUGGUUACAUUUUGCGAAGUGAUGCACAGUGGUAGUAGUGUAGUUUGCUCCAGGAGUCUGUUAACACACGUGUAGUAAUUCAGGUGUCGGCCUAGAUAAUUUCUCUACCAGUCCAGUAACACUAUCACCUGCCUACACUUUAGUCUAUGUUUACCAAAUCUACUCUGUCCUGUCCUGAGCCAAUCCCUGCUUCUCUACUUUACACUGCCUUUGCUGCUGUUAAAGGGCUGUGUUGGUAAAUUAACUGUUGAACAAGCUUGACUUCAAGGUCAAUUGCAGGGUAGAGGGGAGCUACAGCUACGUUUCUAGUAGCGCUCUGGUUUUGGAAUUCAGCUCGGUUCGUUUCAGGUAACCUACCUCAGCCCUAACGCUUACCAGGCCAUGAUUCCUUACCACCAUCCCAACUGUUGCCGUGCCGAUUGGCUACACUAACCCCAGCAAAAACUGCCACAACAAGCUUUAAGCGAGCUCUACAGAAAGGGUCGCAGGCACUCCUCACUGCAAGCAGUUGUAUUUUUAUAUAACUUAAAAGAAAAUGCAUUAUUUAUUUAACAAGAUUUUAAAGGCACUACAGCUGUACACAAUGUAUUGCUGUUGUAUUUUAAAAGAUUACUGGCGUGUUUGGGGAAUCAUGGACCUACACUGUACCUUACUACCUCACUCCUCUCUAUAGGCUCCUUAAGCCCUCGAUCCUUCACUCCCUCUCUCCUGGAGCAAGCAGUGUUACAGCAAUAUCGGCAGUACUGUAUCUGAGGCAAAAAAUGUGAUCCUUAAAACAUUUGCUCGUCUGAUGGCUACUGAAGCCCCAUCCAAUCAUACAAUGUGAAGCACUUGGAAACAAUUGGUGCAUGUGGUGCGGUGUACCUAGACUUACCAGCGACAUCAAAAAUGACCUCAGGAUUGAGUCAGCUUUUCUGCUAGCAUUCUCAGUCAUAUCAACACCCUUAUCUUUCUCUCCACAAUUAAUGUUGCCCAGAUUGUUUCUUUCAAGUCCAUAGCUGCAAGACAAUUCAUGCCCCAUCCCGAUCAAAAUGGUUGUUGUAGUGGGUACCAUUGCUGGCAGCAGACUGAUCGUGCUUCAGUGGUCAAUUAUAAUGAUCACUCAAGCACAUGGCUUGUGUGGUUCAGUGGUGUUUAUUUUGUUUUUAAACACUUGGUUGGUAUAAGGGAAUUUUUGUGUGAAUUUAUUUUUGCAUAGUUUUUUUUUUCAGCUUGGCUUUCAAUGAUUUGCAAUAGAAGUCCCACUCUUCAGUAUAUUUCAUGAUGCUUCAGCUGCUUCUUGCUAGGAUACUCAAACAGCUCUGUUAUAGUGUUUAGCAUUCAGUAUCUGGGUGUAAUUAACUGUUUCAUGCUUAUAUAUAGCCUAGUUUUUGCAAUUAAUUCAUUUUGUCAUUUCUGUAUUUAUCAUGUUUGAAGAAAGGGACCCUGAAGUGAAUGUAAGAACACAAAAUGAGUAGCUUUCUCAGUGUCUGUCCUUAUGUGUUUGCUCACUGCUGUCUUCUUUUACCUUUUCCUUUUUUUGUAAACGUCAGCUGGCAGGGCAUGUGAUCUAGAACGUUGUGUUGCUCUGUUAGUUGCCUAGCUGAUGGUCCACCCUGGUGGCCAAUUUACUGUGAAUGUAGACACAUUCUGCCUGUUUGAAAUAAAGAGGGAUGAAUAAUUAUA